AUGUCAAGAAAAUAUUUUGAGAGAGAGGUGUUGCCGGUAACGGCGCUGGUAAUAAUGGAAUGUGCAAACGUAGGCUUAAACACUCUGUUCAAGGCAGCGACUUUACAAGGCAUGAGCUUCCAUGUCUUCAUAGUUUAUUCUUACGGUCUCGCUGCUCUUCUUCUCCUUCCUUCUCUUUUCUUCUCCUCCAGGUCAGCUAGAGUUUCUUUCUACCUUACCAAAGUUGAGCUAAAGUUUUUGUCAUUCUGA